CUGUGUAUUCAACAUUAUUGUGACUUGUCCCUAAAAAAAAAAAACAUUAUUGUGACUUGUGACUAUUUGUAUUAAGGCUAUUAGCACAAAUACUAAUUCUCUCCCACAAAUCAAACAGGUUCCAAAUUAUAUCCCAGAGUAUGAAGAUCUCGAACGUCUUCAUUCUCUUCUUUCUCACAUCUUUCAUGAUCAUUGGUAAAUACCGUAGAAUGUUUUUCUUUGAAAGGAACUUUAAAUGUUUCAUUUUUCUAUACGUUACCAAGGGGGGAAGUCACCCCUAUAAUCCAAACAUGGGACCUCCAAAGUUUAAAAAUCAGGGAUAGAACAAGUCAUUGUUCAGUACAUACUCAUGUAUAAUUAAUAAUAAUAUUUUAUUCCUUGUUAUAUAGGAAAUGAAGUGGUCAUGGCGACGAGAAUCGGUACUGAAGCUGCAAAGAGAGAUGUGUUUUUUGAAAAAACGACAACAAUGACACCAGCAACAGUGAAAUGGUGGUUAACUGUGGCGGCGGAUUAUCAUUUAGAUGGGAAAUGGCCAUGGUGCAAUUGGUGCUGCAAUCCUGUCGUCGGGAAAUUAUGUUGCGCGAAUUGUACCCUUUGCCCAAAAGAUGGUUGUAAUGCUGAAGUCAGAGCGUAGUGAAGAUAUUGAUUUUCUUUUUGAAUUUUUAAGAUAUAAUUAAUUGUUUUGCCAAUAAAUUAUACAAAAAAACCUCCAGUAAUUUAUCCUUUUUACAUCUAAUAUAAGACCAGUCUCACCAUAUUUUCAACAUUAACACGGUAAUCUCACUGUGUGCGUGGCGACUACGCUAUGUUGGGGUAGCCGCACUGCUUUUCUGCAUGCUUCAGUUGAAUAUCAAGAUCGAAAUAUGAAAUGCUCAGGCAAACAAUUCUCAUUCUUCCUUUCCUAAAACACAAUCGUUAUUAACUUUUGAAAAAGAACUUCACAUUAUUUGCUUUAUUAUUAUGAAGUGGUAAUUACAUGAAAACUAUAGUUAAUUAUGCAAAAACAAUCAUAGAAAAGAAAUGAAAUUAUAUAACCUUCAACAUUGUCAUAGAGAGUAUAAUUAAUUAAAAAGAAAGUUUUUUUUUUACAAAAACCUUUAUUACAUGGUGCCUGCUUAUCUCGGUUAGAGCAUGUCAAAAUCUUGGCUACAUGUUUGGAGAAUGAGAAUGAAAACCAAAAUCUUCAAAUGCCGGUUUCAGGAUGAUGCUUUUUUUUACAAAGAUUACCGACUUUUAUUCCACCAAAUAACUGAAAGACGAGAAACUUGGUUACAAAUCUUAAAGAAGAUCAGAAAUGAGGUCAAGAAUAUUAAUCCAAUCAUCAGGGAGAGUUGCUCGAGCUUUUGAUCGUGCCACCAAUAAGCUCUGACAUUUAGUGCUCGGGGCAAUUCUUUGAUUUUGAUGUGAGGGUUUGUCCUAAGGAUUGCGACAAUCGACCCAAUCCAUGCUGCACAUCUCCAUGGCCAACGAGAGCGAUUGUAUUCCAAGGCUUUCACCAGCACUUGACAGUCGGACUGGACCGUACACUCGGAUCCAUAUUCUUGAGCUAAUUUCACUCCUUCAAGAAGGGCCUUAGUUUCAGCUUCAAUCGGGGUGGAACAAAGAAGAUCCUCAGCUCGCCCAUCACAUACUUGUCCAUGGUGGUUAACAACCACAACACCAUAUGCCGCCGGCUGGGAGUCGCUAAUGAACGACCCAUCACAGUGAAUCACCAAAGAAUGAUGACUUGGCGGUGGAUUUGUAUGAGACUGGGAUCCCCUGAGCUGAGUGGGCAGGGAAGGCAGGGGAGGAGGGUGCCUCGGGCAUGAAUUCCAUUCAGAAAGCUCUUUAUAAGUAAGUUGGCACACCUGCGGAGGCCACAGUUUUCUAUUCUUGAAGGAGCAUUCGUUCCUCGCCUUCCAGAUAUUCCAGCACAGGAACACAAUAUGGAUCAAGGAACUAUGCUGAAUAACAUCUUUAAGGGAGCAGAACCAGUCAAGGAACAGGGUUCCCUGAGGGCUCGUCAACCUUAAUGAGCUACAGGAUUCGCUUUUCCUCUCUCUCUCUCUCUCUAAACCUUCUUUUCCUCUGACCUCUCUCUAGCAGGCACCUAUGAGUGUCGUUGCCGGCGCUCCUCCGGCGACCGGCGGCGGCCCUCUGCCCCCAUAAUCCUCAUCUUCUGCCUUCUUUACUCUUUCCUUUUGGUUCGAUUUGUUUUCUUUCUUGUUUUUUCCAUUUCCCGCUGCUGCUUUCUCUGACCAUUUCUUGGUCUCUAUUCUGUCUUUGUGGUCCUUUUUCUUCCUCUUGUGAAGGGUUCCUUUGCCUCGUUUAUGGGAUGUACCUUUUGUCCUCCGAUUUGGUUCUCAGAUCUGGAGAUGUUUGCCCGGUUCAAGAUACGGUGGAGGUUGGAUCUUUCAGAUGCGGCUUGUCUUCUCUUCUUCUCUCCUUUGGUCUACCUCCCUGUUUUGCCUUGCAGAUCUUGGCGAUUCGGAGAUACAACCCUUGACGUGGAUCCGGUGGGAAGAGCUUGAGGACAGAUGUAUCCUAACCCUCUGUCUCCUUCGGCGACCGUCUGGUUGCUCUGCUGGUUCCCUUGCGAUUUGGCGGCGGGAUGUAGCGUGGUGGAUUGGUCGGAGGCUUCUCCUCCUCCUCUCGCCGAUCGGGUUUGGUGGGUGCAGUUCUCUGCUUGGCUCGCGGUGGGGCUCCCUAUUUGAGGGCGGUGCUGGUUUGGUUGCGGAGAUGGUCACCAACCGCGGCGGCCGGAGGAAACAGAGGGGGCUCGUGUGUUAGGGUUUGGAAAGGGUCCUUCUUGUUUUGGUCCUGGGCUCGGGCCCUAUUGGGUUCUGGGUUUGUCUUUGGGCCUUGUUGUUUGGGUCUUUCUUUUAAUCCUAUUACAUUGUAGCUUGUACAUUUCUUUUUUGGGCUGAGCCCAGUCGCAAUCUAAAUGAACUUCUUUUGAAAAAAAACCUUAAUGAGCUAUCCUUAUUUGCUUGUUUGGUUGGUUAAAUAAUGACAUGAUGCGAAAACACCCAUUAACUAGUAGUUUUUUUUUGAAUGUGGUGAAAGCUCGAUUAGAAAUGUUUUAGUGGAAGGGAUACAGUUGCUUAUCAUUAUUGAUAUUGAUAUUUAUCAUCGUCUAGAAUGAACUUUAUUAUUACUUGGAUCUCUUUUGAAGUUUAAUCAAGUGGGAAAAUAAUUAAGAAAUUAUAGUUUUAGUUAUGUGGUGAAUAUUAUGACUCAUUACCCUUAUGAUAAUAUGGGUUAGCUAGGGAUUCAACGUGAGAAUUAAUCAUUGCUUGGCUUUUUCCAUUUCUCUAUUUUUUGGAGAGGAGAAUCUGAAUAAUUAAUGGAUUUGUUUGUAUGGAUGAGCAGUAGGUGGCUUUUGUGCGGGUUUGGAUAGGUUUGGAACCACCCACACCAUGUGGUAGGUGAAGGAGUAAAUGAUCUAUAUCCACCCAAGCAUUACAUGUGGGUGGUUUGGGUUGAGUGAUUGUGGAUGAUGGGUGGUUGGAUGGAUUCGAUGGGUUUACAACAUAUAUUCCAUAUGAUCACAUAGUAAAUGAUCUAUAUCCACCCAAGCAUUACAUGUGGGUGGUUUGGGUUGAGUGAUUGUGGAUGAUGGGUGGUUGGAUGGAUUCGAUGGGUUUACAACAUAUAUUCCAUAUGAUCACAUAAUUUCAAUAGUUUACACUUAAAAUGAAAGAAAAUUUCAAACUAAAUAAUGUAUAAUUCAUAAAUUAGGUGAAUCAUUUUUUUUACAAUAUUGGUAUUGGCAAUUGUUCACAAAUUACAAAAUAUUCAACUGAUAAACAUGGUCUUGCAUAGCGCCUCAUUUGCCUAGGCGUUGUGAGCGUAAAUAGCUUUUUAACCUAUAGUCGCAAAUUACAAUUCCAAAGUGAUGGAAGGAAUGAAGGACGAGUCGGUGGUAGUUUGAGAUGGUGUCAUUUUGGGAAGACAACUAUCUUUUUUCUGCCAUUUGUCUACUAGUUAUGCUUAAGUGUACCUCCAAUUGCCUAAGCACACCUCACAACACAAUCCUUUGAUCGAAAUUGAGAGAAUUUUUUGUGAUAAGGGUUUCAUUUUCGGUAAAGCUAAAUCUUAGAGCUUGAUGGUUUGAGGUUGAAAAAUUGAGUGGGUUGUGGAUCAACACAAUCCACCCGCACUCAACCAUUCUUUUGUGGGUCACCUAUUUUACAACUCACACCCACAUGAUAAUGGGUUGUCAAUUGUGGGUGGAUUUGUGGGUUCAACCACCCAAUACUCACCUCAAUUAAUUUAUAAAAUAUAU